AUGAAUCCCCUUCAAAUUCCCAAAAAUUUAAUUCCACAAUUCCAACAGUUUGGUAAGGAGCUUCCACCUCUCCAAGGAGAAACCGUCGAAUUUGCUCCACAGGCAUGGUUCCUUGGUCCAAAGGCUGAAAAUUCUGAUUUGUUCAUGAAAUUGGUUACAAUGGCUUUUGAGUCACACAUUAGCUCAAGAAAGAACUUCCACACAGAAGAUUCCCCAGUUUUCACUGCUGAAUUCAAGAAGACUCCAGAGUACAUCAAUGCCACCAACGAUAUGAUCGCAAAGGCUACCACUUUGUUCAACUUCUUGAAAAAGUCACUCCCAUACUCUUCAUUCCGUUAUGUUGGUCACAUGACCAGUGACGUCACCAUUGCCUCUGUGAUUGGUUACAUUUCCACUAUUCUCUACAACUCCAACAACGUCACUGUCCAAGCUUCACCAGUAACCACAUUCAUUGAAAUGUGUGUCGGUAACGAUUUGUGUCGUAUGGUUGGUUACCCAUUCCCAGCUCCAAUCGAUCCAAAGCUCAGUGAGAAGGAGAAGGCAAAGAUAAUGGCCAACACCAUCACUCCAUGGGGACACAUUACAUGUGGUGGUACUGUUGCCAAUGAUGAAGCUUUCUGGUCACUCUACUGGGGUAAGUUCAUCCCAUUGGCUCUCCAAGAAGCAUUCUUGCACGAAGCCGUCCUCGCUCCAGCUGCCAAUAUCCAAGUUGAGCUUGCCAACGGAACCUCAAAGAAGUUGUCUCUCUGUACUCCAUGGGAAGCAACCAACUUGUCAGUUGAUACCCAAGUCAGUCUUCCAUACAAUGUCGGAGUUCUCUGUGACAUCGACCCAACCCAAGUUACCUACUUGCUCAAGAAGUACCACAUCUCCAACAUCGGUUCAUACACUUUCCUCAAGAAAUACGGUUUGAACUGCCCAGUCUUCAUGACCCCAGGAACUUCCCAUUAUUCAAUUCCAAAGGCUGCCGCAAUCCUCGGUCUUGGUAGUGAUGCUGUAAAGAUCAUUCCUGUCGACAAACACGCUCGUUGUGAUUUAACCGUCAUGAGAGCUCACCUCCAAGCAUGUGUUGACCACCAAAUCCCAGUUGUAGCAUGUGUCUCUGUUAUGGGUACUACUGAAGAAACAGCUGUUGAUUACCUUGACCAACUCAUUGCUCUCCGUGAUGAAAUGAGAAUUAAAGGAUUGAACUUUGGUAUUCAUGUUGAUGCCGCCUGGGGUGGUUAUUUCUUGUCAUGUAUUCGUCCAGACUACAAAUUGGAACAACCAACCAACGAUAUCCUUACACCAUCUUUGAUGUCUUACCCACCAACUGCCUACAAUGAUAUGGACAGCUCUGAUCCAGCUGCCUACUGUAGUGACCACUUUGCCAAACAAUUGGCUGCCUGUGCUCACUGUGAUACCAUCACCAUUGACCCACACAAGGCCGGUUACAUCCCAUAUCCAGCUGGUUCUGUAUGUUACAGAAAUUCCAAGUUGCGUGAUAUCUUGGUCUACACCGCCACCUACAUUGGAGGUACCACUGUACCAACUGUCGGAAUCUAUGGUAUUGAAGGUUCAAAGCCAGGUGCUGCUGCCUCUGCUGUCUACCUCAGUCACGCCAUUCUCCGUACCUCCAAGUCUGGUUACGGUAAGAUCCUCAAGCGUUGUUUGCUCAACACCAAGUUGUUCUACUUGCGUCUCCUCUGGUUGGCUCAACCAUCGGACCACUUCGUCGUAACUGGUAUCCCAGUUCCACCAUCCGAUGCAGUAUUGGCUGACCUCAAGAAGAAGUUGAUCAUCAACGGUAAAUGGCUCACCUCUGACCAAAUUGCCAACGAUACCGAGUUGGUACGUCAAUUGGCUCAAAUUGGUCCAGACCAAAACAUCGUCUGUUAUGCCUUCAACAUUAAAUUGCCAAACGGACAAAUCAACACUGACUACAAAUUGUUCUGUGACUUUGGUGAAAAGGUUUAUGAACGUUUCGACUAUAUCCCAGAGAAGGGUAUGAAGGAGUUCGAUUUGGUUGUAUCCAACACUGAAUUUGGAUCUGCUUAUGGAACCAGAUUCUUGGCCACCAUUGUUAAGAGACUUGGAUUGAAGAAUGUACCAGUUAGCCCAUCGAUUCCAGUAUUGAGAUCAACAAUUAUGGACGUAUUUGCCAACGAAACCUCUACUGGUUCAUCAUUCGAUGUCAUCUUCCCAAUCUUCACCAAAGAAGUCAACAAGAUUGCUUUGGCAAUGACUCCAAAGCAAGCUGCUUAA